CGAGUACCUACCAUCGCGCUCCUCUCCAUGGGCGCGGACCCGACCGGCAUCAUCACCGACCUCGCGAAGAAACGGAAGCGGCAGGUGCUGAUGAUCUCGCUGGGCCAGGGCCAGGAGCCAGCGGCGCGGAAGCUGCUCGCGACAGGGACGGCCUCGGGCGAUUGGGUGCUGCUGCAGAAUUGCCACCUCGGCCUCGGCUUUAUGAGCGAGGUGGAGCAGUGGCUGCUCAAGCUCGAGCAAGACCCGGCGCCGACCUUCCGCCUCUGGAUCUCCGCAGAGCCGCACCCGCGCUUCCCGAUCGGCCUGCUUCAAAUGUCGAUCAAGAUGACAAACGAGGCGCCCGCAGGGAUCAAAGCCGGGCUAAAAAACUCUUACGCGUGGAUAAACCAAGACAUGCUCGACUCGGUGUCGCAGCCGCAAUGGCGCGUCAUGCUGUAUGCGCUCUGCUUCAUGCACACAAUCGUGCAGGAGCGGCGCAAGUUUGGGCCGCUCGGCUUCAACGUGCCCUACGAGUUCAACCAGUCCGACCUCUCCGCCUCGGUGCAGUUCAUGCAGAACCAUCUCGGUGACGUCGAGUCGAAGAAGCGGCCGGUCGACUGGAUCACCGUCAACUAUAUGGUGUGCGACGUCCAGUACGGCGGCCGCAUCACCGACGAUUGGGACCGCCGCCUCUUCAACACGUACGGUAAGGCCUGGCUUACGCAGACUUGCCUCGACGCUGACUUUGAGUUUCACAAGGGCAUGCCCGGGGCGUACAUCAUCCCUGCGAACCGACCUGGCAUGCCCGGCACGGACGUAGACCAUUACCGCAAGUACAUCGAAACUCUCUCCCUGGUCGACGAUCCCGAGAUCUUUGGGCUGCACUCGAACGCCGACUUGGCGUAUCGCACGCUGCAGACCAAGCAGCAGCUGGACACUAUCCUGGAUGUGCAGCCAAAGGAGGGCGGCGGGGGCGGCGGCCUGACGCGCGAGGAGGUUGUUCUCAAUAUGGUGGAGGAUCUCCAGUCGAAGCUGCCGCCCGACUACCGGGCCGACGAUGUCAAGGACGGCAUCAAGGCCUUGGGCGGGAUGGGCAAGCCCCUCAACAUCUGCCUCAAGCAGGAGAUUGACAAGCUGCAGCAGCUUCUCAAGGCCGUGCGGUCGAUGCUCGUCAACCUCAAGCUUGCCAUCGCGGGUACGAUUGUCAUGACUCCGGAGCUUAUCGACAUGCUCGAUGCGCUGUUCAUGGCACGAGUCCCGUCCAAGUGGGUGAAGGUGUCGCAGCUUGUCUCGCCAAACAUGGGAGUGUGGUUUGCCAACAUCCUGAAGCGGGCGGAGCAGUUCACUGCAUGGCUGCAGAAUGGGCGCCCACUCUGCUUUUGGCUCCUCGGCUUCUUCAACCCGACGGGGUUCCUGACGGCCAACCGGCAAGAGGUUUGCAGGAAGCACAACAAGGACGGCUGGGCGCUGGACGACGUCAUCGACCACUCGGAAGUGCUCAAGCAGGAGAAGGACGAGGUGCGCAAGGCGCCGGAGGAGGGAAUCUACGUGUACGGCCUCUACUUGGAUGGUGCCAAAUGGGAUAAGCCUAAGGAUCGACUGACGGACUCAGAUCCGAAGGUGCUCUUUUCGCCCCUGCCUGUGCUGUGGAUCACGGGCGCGCAGGCCAGCAAGGCGAGCGACAAGAAGUCUCUCUACACCUGCCCUGUCUACAAAGCACCCAAGCGCACUGGCCUCAAUUACGUCACGUCGGUGGACUUGCGAGUGGACGAUGCACCGUCCAAAUGGACGUUGCGUGGCGUUUGCUUGCUGACCUCCACCGACUAG